CCUCACUACUACCUUUCAAUACAAGAUCAAACAGAGACCAUCAACCUCUUUAUAAACCAGACAUUCAGGAUGAAGCUUUCCUCGACCUCUGCUCUUGUUGCACUUGUCGCCGGUGUCAACGGCGCCAGCAUUCCUCGGACCCAAGGUUCAGUUCCCAUCACUUUCAUCGGUGCGGCCGAUGCCCAGUUUACUCAGGACUUCCCAACAGACGGGUCGAGUGUUGCCAUUACCAACCCUCUGAGCAUCUCCCACAUCGCCUCCAGCACCAACGGCGUGUCAUGCGUUUUCGAUGGCAUUGACCACAGCGUCACUGUUGUUUCCGAUGCAGAGACUGUAGACGUUGGCCCUCCCCAGACACAGAUCUCGGGUGCAUGCGCCGUUGGCGAAGUGCCUCCCACCCAGCACGAGCGUCGGUCGUCUGAUAACCAGGAUGUGGUUAUCACUUUUGUUGGCGCAGCCAAUGCUCAGUUCACAUGGGUCUUCCCGACCACCGGAGUCGCUACUCAUAUCUCGAACCCCCUCAGCAUCUCUCACAUUGAAUCUCAUGCUCCGGGUGUUGAGUGCACCUUCACUGGCAUUGACAACAGCGUUACCACUGUCAGCGGUGUCCAGACUGUUGAUGUCGGUCCUCCCCAGACCCAGAUCUCUGGUGUCUGCCACCGCAACUGAAAGGAUAUUACUGGGAACUAAAUAUCUUUGCGGACUGUUCAGGGUCACACACAUGGACUAAAUACAGCGCUAAUCUUUGAACGACCCCAUUACUACUUUCCUUCUUCAACCUUCGAUUUACGAUUCGGAUAUCAUAAUAUUUAAAUCAUGGAAUGUUGUCUCUUCUUAUGUUACCUCUACAUAUACUUGUUUAUGUCUCUCCCUUUAAUGUGUUAUCUUAUUUUUGCCUUUGCUUUCCUUCCCUUUUGACAUCUUGUUGGUAGACCUCGAUGUGAUAAUGAUAUAGCCAAUCCUUAAUGGACAAUUAUUGGACGAUCUGUCUUAAGGUAUGAACGACUUAGCUGCAGAGUAAUACUUUUUCGAGCACUAGUGUGACUGCACAAGAC